AAUAUUUCAGAAAGGGGUGAUGAGGUUGGAGCGGAGUGAUCGCUACAUAAUGAAGUGUCCAGUGCUAAGGUCAAGGCUGGGCCAGGAAAGCGUCCGCUGCGGGCCCAAGUUCAUCCAGGUCUCCCGGCCCCUGCCCCUGCCGAGUGACCAAGGACAGACUCCAUGGCUGCUGUCCCUUCGAGGGGAGCUGGUGGCUUCUCUUGAAGACGCCAGCCUGAUGGGGCUGUAUGUGGACAUCAACGCCACCACUGUCACCGUCCAAAGCCCGAGACAAGACCUUCUUCAGAGGUGGGAGGUGCUGAACACCACUGCCGAGCUCCUGCCACUAUGGCUGCUGAGUGGUCACCAUGCCUAUUCCUUAGAAGCCGCUUGCCCACCUGUGUCAUCCCAACCAGAGUUGGAGGUCUUGGUUCACAUCCCCAAGCAGAGACUGGGUCUGGUCAAAAGAGGUUCCUACAUUGAGGAAACCCUGAGCCUCCAGUUCCUCCAGGUUCACCAGUCUAACACCUUCAUGGUGACUGAAAACAAGGACUUUGUGGUGGUCAGUAUCCCAGCGGCCAGGGUGCUCCAGGUCCAGCAAUGCUGGAAAAUCGGAGGAACCCCAGGAACACAAGCUUUCUAUAGGGUAGACCUGAGCCUGGAAUUUGCCGAGAUGGCUGCCCCGGUCCUCUGGACGGUGGAGAGCUUCUUCCAGUGCGUGGGUUCAGGAACAGAGUCGCCUGCCUCAACUGCCGCACCGAGGACCACUCCCUCCCCACCACCCCCAGGACCAGAGACCCCCCCAGUGGGAGUGCCAUCUGCCACCACCUCCCAGGUGCGGGCUGCAGGACCAAAUGCCCAAAAAUGGCUUUCUCGGGAAUUCCCGCACCAGCCUUCUGAUGAGCCGGCCGAGAAGGGGCUUGGACCGUUCCUACAAACGGCCAAACCUGCGAGAAGCCAGACAUCUGUCUCCGUUUUCCCCAGAGUGAUGCAAGCUCAGCGAGGUCCCCAGACUCCUCCAGGGGAAGCAAGGCUUCCUGGACACCCCACGCCUCCAGCCACGCUCCCCUCAGAGCCUGUAGAGGGUGUGCAGGCUGGCCGCCAGCGGCCACAUGCAGUCUCGUCAACUUACCUAGCUCUGGCCCUGCCCAUGCCCUCAGACGCCUCCUCCCCUCCACCGCCAGCCCCAAGGCCUGGACAAUCUGAAUCACUCCUAGUCUCGGGGCCAUCUGUCACCCUGACUGAAGGUCUAGGAACUGUGAGACCUGAGCAGGACCCCACCUGGCCUCCAGGAAGUCCCCUCCUGCUGAGAGGGCUGGCAUGGGGACAUGUGGCCGCGCCUGAGCCUGUCUUGGGGGAGCCUGACCGAGCCAGAGAGGAGUUCCAGCCAUUGACGAGGCCCUGGCGGGCCAGGCUGGCCGCAGCGGUGCUGAUUCCCCACCAUUCCCCCGGAGAGCUGCGGGAAACGUCCUCUAGAACAGAGGUGGAGGGGCUGCGCCAGACCAGGCCUGGUCUCCCCAGGGAGGGGGCCAGGGAGCACCUGGACCCGUCAUCCUCAGAACCAAGCCAGAACACAGAGGGGCUGGGACUCCCCAUUCUGCCAGGGACGGAGGCCACAUUCUCCACCUCAAGGGUGAAGCAGCCAGACCCCAGUGCCUGUGUGGACACCUCGGAACCCGCGCUCACCGGGACGCCCGGGGUGAGGCUGGCAGUGCCCCUGGCGGUUCUCCCUAUGGAACCUCUGCCAGCAGAACCCAUUCACCCGGCAGCUCUUCUGACACCCAAAGCCUCAUCUGCAGGAGGGCCAGACCAGGCUGGAGACCUGGAGUCAGCCCCCAGCUGGCCAGUGGGCCAGGAGGAGUUGGGGUUUGCACACACAUCCAGCCCCCUGUCCACGCGAACUCUGAGCCUGUGGGCUCCCACAGAAACAUCACCACCCAGCCUGGUGGAGCGUGGACACCCCUUCCAGGCUGGCCAGGGGGCCCCACCCCAGCAGGAGCUGACGGAGCCCACCUUGGCCCCCAGGGCUGAAAGCCACAGGCCUCCUGAGCUUCAGGACAGUGUGGAGGGGCUGUCUGAGAGGCCCCCAUGCUGAGCCUCCGUGGAGACUCCAAGGUGGGUCCUGGGUGCACCCUGGGGAGGUGGAGGGCAAAUGGUGAGGCAGUGAUGGGUCGGCCUGGAGGUGGGGGUGGGGCAUCUUUCCAGGAAAGCACUGGUGCCCUUCUA